AUGCGUGAGUACAAGAUUGUGGUCCUCGGCUCCGGUGGCGUCGGAAAAUCGGCUUUGGUUAGUUUUUUGUCGAAUAUUCUGAAAAAAAGAGGAAAAUUUAAAGCUUUUUCAGUAGCCAGUUCAGUAGUUUCUGUGUUUAUUUUGAAAAAUAUGGAAUCAUUUUUGAAAAAUGCAAUUAUCGAGGGAUUUGUCUGUAGUUUGAAAGGGAAAUGUGAAGGGAUUCAGGAAAUUUACCGAUUUUUGGCUUCCAGUUUAAAAAAGGCUAUUUCUACCUUGAGUAGGAAAUGAGAGAAUUCUAAUUUUUUCAGGAAAUAUACGAAUUUUUUUGACUAUAAGGUCUGAAUUUUCUCUAGAAAAAUUGAAUUUUUAGGUGAAAAAAAUCGUACCUCGGACUUCAAAAUAACCGUCAAAGAGUGAAAAAAAGAUAACUGAAUUUUUGGAGAUUUAGAGAUAAUUGUGAAAUUUACGGCAUAAGUUUUGAAAAAAAGAAGUGAGAAUAUUCAGGAAAAAUUGAAAGGAAAUGAGAAAAAUUCUGUUAUUUUUCAAAAAUAUAUUGCUAGUUUUGGCUUUCAAUUUUUUUCUAUAGAUUUGCCCCCAGAAGAUCAAUUUUUUUCAUUAGGGAAACGGAUUUGAGAUAAAAAAAUUUUUUUUUGAUUGAAGAUACAGUGUUAUAAGUUGUUGGGGAUUUCAAAACUGGCGCGUUAUUCGUUUGAAAUGAUUCCGCGAAAAAAUUCCGGAAGCCGUUGAGAAAAAAAUAAUUGGGUCCCACAACGAUACAUCGCGAUAUGUGCAUUUUUACGGUGGCUUUUACGCGCGAACUUUGAAAUUUCGGUUAAAACUACCCAAAAAAUAUUUUUUUUAAAUCUUCGAAUACGACGUUUCAAACACCCGAAAAUACGUUUCACGCGAUUUUCAAAAAGUCAGUUUAUACAUUGACUUCUCUAAUUUUUUUUCGAAGUUACCAGAAAAAUAAUUUUUUUGAAGACUUUUCAAAAAUCCACUGUUUAAAUUAAUAAACAUUAAAAUGCCUGACGGAUAACCGAGACUUUAUACGUUUCACUGAUUUCUCGAAUUGGUUAAUUUGAGAAAGCUUUGAUUCGAAGAUCAUUGCCCUAUCCCAACAACUUUUUAUUUUUUCGAAAGAAGCCGCAGUUUUUCGAGUUUUCUUUGCCAAACCCUUUUUUUCCGAUUUCGCAAGAAAAUCCCUAAUUUUUGAAGACUCGGAAUACGUUAAAACCUCACGGGUUUCAAAAUUUUCGCUUCUGAGAGUUAAAAAUCCUAAUGAAAAGCUCUGAAUUUUUCCGAAACUUUUUUCUGAUCAAAAUCCUUUUUUUUUACCAUAAAAUCAUCCAAUUGUCGAGGUUAGAAGUUUCUUAAAUUUUAGAAAAUUUGGUUUUUGGGGUGAAAACACUUUCAAAACUGGCAAUUAACAUUGUUUUUUAUGCAAAUUCCCAGUUUUUUUGAGAAUUUUUCGCUCCUGGAAUUUCCUUGUUGAACUUUAUUUGACUUUGAAAUAGCUCUAACCAAAUAUUUAUAAUAAUAAUUUUUUUCCAGACGGUCCAAUUCGUCCAAGGAAUCUUCGUUGAGAAGUACGACCCGACGAUCGAAGACAGCUAUAGAAAGGUUCAAAAAUAUUAUUUUAUGCCUUUGAAUGAAUUUUUUCCAGCAAGUGGAAGUCGACGGGCAGCAAUGUAUGUUGGAGAUCUUGGACACGGCCGGAACCGUAUGUUAAUUUUUUUAUAAAAACAUUUCAGUUUCUGAACCAACUUUUAAAGACAUUUCUCACCGUUUAAAUAAUUUUUUCCCGUAGGGACUACUUCACGAAGAAAAUUUAUUUUCAGCAAAAUAUUUUGAAAUUGUCGCGCAUUUAUACUUAAAAAAUAGGAUUUUAGUCAAGCGUUUUUCGAUUUUAUAUAAAUUUUUAGAGCUCAAGUUUCGAUAUCAAGAAUAAGAGCUAUAACUUCUGAAUUUUGACAAAUUUGGCUAUUUUUUUCUGAACUGUUUCAAUGGUGUGCUUCACAGUUUCAUAGGAAAAAAAGGUCUUUUCAUUUUGCGGUUGGAUUUCCUGAAAAUCGGUCAAAACGCUCCUUGAUGCACCAGAAGAAGAUUCUGAAAGUCUCAACCUGCAAAACUCUCUAAUUUUCAAGAAAUAAGGGCUCAAAGUCAGAGGAAACCCUAAAAAUCCACAAAAUAGGCUAUUUUUUGGCUUUGAGACUUUAUUUCUUGAUAACUAGGAAGUUGUGCAGGUUGAGACUUUCAGAUUCUUCUUCGGGAACAUCAAAAAGUGUUCUGGCCAAUUUUCAAAAAAUUCCCAAAUGCAAAGUAAGAUGACCUCCCCUGUCAGCAGAAAAAUUUUCAAGAUUCACGAGAUUUUAACGGAUCUUCAAAAAUGAGAUUCUUGUCGUGAAAUUGAAAAAAAAAAUAAAAUUUUGAGAAAGCUUUUUUGAAAAACUGUGGCUUCUUUUGAAAUAAGAAUAACUUUUAGGAGAUAUUUUAUGUCAAUCGAAGUUUUCUUGAAUUCAAUAAUUUGAAAAACCGAGUGAAACGUAUAGAAUCUUGGUUAUUCGUCACGGAUUUCGGAAUUUAUUAAUCGAUUUCUUUCAAUAAAAUGAUUUUUUUUAGGUGCUUCAGAAAAAAAUUAGAGAAAAAAAUUUAUAAACUAACUUUUUGAAACUUGCGUGAAACGUGUUUUUCCAAUGGAGUGAUUGAAUUUCAAAGCAAUUUCGGAGUAUUUUUUUUGAAAAAAUCGAGUUAUUGAGCUUAGAAUGUCGAACAAAAGAGAAAAAAAGAGUUUUUGAUGUACCUACACUUGAAACCGUAACCUGAAGGAAAGAACUGAAUUUUUAAAAAAAGAAACGACUUCAGGAGCAAUUCACGGCGAUGCGCGAUUUGUACAUGAAGAACGGACAAGGCUUCGUCCUGGUCUACUCGAUCACGGCCCAGUCGACGUUCAACGACCUGAUGGACCUCCGGGACCAGAUCCUUCGUGUCAAGGACACCGAUGAGGUGCUUAUCGAACGCAAAAAUGACGAUUGAAAAUUUUGGGAACGUUUUGGAAAAGUUGAAGAUGCUUUAUAAUGGACAGAAGGAUCAUUUUUAAACCCUUUUCACGUAAUUUCCUGAGAAAUACGUUUUCUUAGUACUAAAGGCAUGAAAAAAUCAAGUUUUAAUGCGUUUUUCAUCGCUAAACCAAUGUGGAAGAUUUAAAAAAAUGAAAGUUUUUGAAAGCGUUUCAGAUGAUUUUUAAUGAACAAAAGGAUCGUUUUGAAACCUUUUUCAUGUUCUUUCUUAUUAAAUACAUCUUCUUACUACUAAAGACAUGAGAAAAAUCGAAUUUGAGAGAAAAUUUCAUAACUAAUACACUGUAAAAAGUGAUUUAUCAGUCGAAAAAUUGUUGGAACAAGCUUGAAAACUUUUGAGCUGCUCUUAAAUGAACAGAAGGAUCUUUUUGCAACCCUUUUAAAAGCAUUUUUACAUAAAGUUUCAGUGCGAUUUUCAUAACUGAUUCAAUUGGAAGGGUACCGAGAAAUAAUUUUUUUGAAAUUUUAAAAGAUUUGAAUAGAAUUUGAAUGUAAAAAUUGAGUGUUUCGCAUCGUUUUUUCGCUUUUUUCAUUUUUUUUUUCCCGCAGGUGCCAAUGAUUCUGGUGGGCAACAAGUGCGACCUGGAAGACGAACGAGUCGUUGGCAAGGACCAGGGCCAAAAUCUGGCUCGUCAGUUCGGAUCGGCUUUCCUGGAAACCUCGGCCAAGGCCAAGAUCAACGUCAAUGAGGUGAGGAUUUUUUUUUUAUUAUCGAAAAACUGUUUUCUUUUCUAAAAAAAUGAAAUAAAAUCACUCAAUAUUUCAAAUGACCUCAUAAAUAAGGAUUAUAAUUAUUUUAUAGCUCAAGAAAGUUCAAGUGGUCACUUAAGAAUGAUUCCCUGAGAAGGAAUUUUGAGGAAAAGGGUCUUGAACGGAAUUCAAAUUCAAAGGCACAUGGGCAUUGAGCCGAUAAAUUUCUUGAGCCAUAUUAAGUUUUGCGCACAUUUUGUCAAUAUUCAGCUAUAAUCCGAAGGAAAAGAAGUUUCCUUUUUCACAUUUUAGGUAAAAGGGGUAUUUUUUCGCUUUGAAUGUUUUAGGAGUCAUUUUGAGACUGAAAUGAAUAUUUCAAGGAGUUUUUCUCAGAGAAAAAAAUUAUUUUUUUAUAACUUUUAUGGGAAUUUUGCCAUUAUAUCCUUGCUGAAGUUUGUGAAGAAGUAGAAAUUGAUUGAAAAAUAGUUCUUUGGAUAUAAUUGUAAUUUUGAAUCUUAUAACUGGUUUUUAAGAGGAUGUGCAAAAAUAAAAAGCUGAAAAAUAUCAACGAAAAGUGGAUUUACAGGUGUUCUACGACCUGGUGCGGCAGAUCAACCGCAGGUAUCCGGAAUCUGGCCGCCGUCCGGGCCAUUCCAACAAGAAAUGUUGCUCUUGCAUCGUCAUGUGA